GAAAGAAUUCAGCGCCUUGCGAGAAAGUUACCUGUGGCCGCCCAAGUCCGCCACUUUGCGCUCUGUGUCUGCCCAUUGCCGCGAUCCGGGAGGACUCCGCGCCGCCGGGCCGCCUCCGAGCGCGGGCCCCAUGUGAGGGCUCCCUCCCCCCAUCCCACCUUUCCGGCUAGGUGAGGGCGCGAGCGAGCGGGCGAGCGAGAGUGGUGAGGGGGGACGAAAGCAGAAUUACCUGUAGCUCUUGUUCUGCCAUCUCGGGCGCUCUCACACACCUUCACCUGCACAGACUUGAAAGUCCAGUUUCACCAGAGGCUGAGGCUCCAGGAAAAGGGGAGCGAGUUCAUUGGAUCAAACAUGUCACAAGAGUCGGACAAUAAUAAAAGACUAGUGGCCUUAGUGCCCAUGCCCAGUGACCCUCCCUUCAACACCCGAAGAGCCUACACAAGUGAGGAUGAGGCCUGGAAGUCAUAUCUGGAGAACCCCCUGACUGCGGCCACCAAGGCGAUGAUGAGCAUCAACGGGGACGAGGACAGUGCUGCCGCCCUGGGCCUGCUCUAUGACUACUACAAGGUUCCUCGAGACAAGAGACUUCUGUCUGUGAGCAAAGCAAGUGACAGCCAAGAAGACCAGGAUAAAAGAAACUGCCUUGGCACCAGUGAAGCCCAGAUCAAUUUGAGCGGAGGCGAGAACAGAGUGCAGGUUCUGAAGACUGUCCCGGUGAACCUCUGUCUAAGUCAAGACCACAUGGAGAAUUCGAAGCGCGAGCAGUACAGUGUAUCCAUCACCGAGAGCUCUACCGUCAUCCCCGUAUCAGGCAUCACCGUGGUGAAAGCCGAGGAUUUCACACCGGUGUUCAUGGCGCCCCCGGUGCACUAUCCCCGCACGGACAGUGAGGAGCAGCGCGUGGUUAUCUUUGAACAGACUCAGUACGACCUGCCCUCCAUAGCCAGCCACAGCUCCUAUCUCAAGGACGACCAGCGCAGCACGCCCGACAGCACCUACAGCGAGAGCUUUAAGGACGGCGCCUCGGAGAAAUUUCGGAGUACUUCUGUUGGUGCUGAUGAGUAUACAUAUGACCAGACGGGAAGUGGUACAUUUCAGUACACCCUGGAAGCCACCAAAUCUCUCCGUCAGAAGCAGGGGGAGGGCCCCAUGACCUACCUCAACAAAGGACAAUUCUAUGCCAUAACACUCAGUGAGACUGGAGACAACAAAUGCUUCCGGCACCCCAUCAGCAAAGUCAGGAGUGUGGUGAUGGUGGUCUUUAGUGAAGACAAAAACCGAGAUGAGCAGCUGAAAUACUGGAAGUACUGGCACUCCCGGCAGCACACUGCCAAGCAGAGGGUCCUCGACAUUGCUGAUUACAAGGAGAGCUUCAAUACCAUCGGGAACAUUGAAGAGAUCGCAUACAAUGCUGUUUCCUUCACCUGGGAUGUGAACGAGGAGGCAAAGAUUUUUAUCACCGUGAAUUGCUUGAGUACAGAUUUCUCCUCCCAAAAGGGUGUAAAAGGACUUCCCCUGAUGAUUCAGAUCGACACGUACAGCUACAACAACCGCAGCAAUAAACCCAUCCACAGAGCAUACUGCCAGAUCAAGGUCUUCUGCGACAAGGGAGCAGAAAGAAAAAUCCGAGAUGAAGAGAGAAAGCAGAACAGGAAGAAAGGGAAGGGCCAGGCCUCUCAAGCCCAGUGCAACAACUCCUCUGAUGGGAAGAUGGCCGCCAUACCGUUACAGAAGAAGAGUGACAUCACGUACUUCAAAACCAUGCCCGACCUGCACUCACAGCCUGUGCUCUUCAUCCCAGAUGUUCACUUUGCAAACCUGCAGAGGACCGGACAGGUUUAUUACAACACAGACGAUGAGCGAGAAGGCAGCAGCGUCCUUGUUAAGCGGAUGUUCAGGCCCAUGGAAGAGGAGUUUGGUCCAACACCGUCUAAGCAGAUCAAAGAAGAAAACGUAAAACGAGUGCUUUUAUAUGUGAGGAAGGAGAACGAUGACGUCUUCGAUGCUCUGAUGCUGAAAUCACCCACGGUGAAGGGUCUGAUGGAAGCGCUGUCUGAGAAGUACGGGCUGCCAGUGGAGAAAAUCACAAAGCUUUAUAAGAAGAGCAAAAAGGGCAUCCUGGUCAACAUGGAUGACAACAUCGUUGAGCACUAUUCAAAUGAGGAUACCUUCAUCCUCAACAUGGAGAGCAUGGUGGAAGGCUUCAAGAUCACGCUGAUGGAGAUCUGAGCCCUGGGUGUCCCCUCCAUAGGAGCUUUUGGUGUACUCCUUCCUGGGAGAGAUGGGAUCUCUGCCGCUCCAGAACCUGGAGACCCACCCAUCUCACUCACCUCACAAGACUGUUACAAGACUGCUGGGAAGGGGGCGGGGCCCAAGGCCCAGUAAUGGACUUCCUUCAACUCUUCCACUUGCUCCCUGUGGAGCUGAAGCCUGAGCCCCUCAGCAAAUUUCUUUGAGCCUGGUAGGCCCUUAUUUAUUGCCCAUUUCCCUCCAAGAGCCCUCCAGGACUCUGCAAGUUACUGAUAGCUCCAUGUGUGAUUUCCAGAGUUCCCCCUUCAAGGGAGACAGCAAGUCCACUCAUCUCGAGCCUGGGGAACUGGUGUGUUCUUUUCCUUACCUCUCCACAUUUCUUGAGUGGUUGGGCCAGGUGAGCUGCUUCUUGGUACAGUCUUCAUGGAUGGGGUAAGAAGGACACCAGUUUGCUGGCCCCAAACCUUCGGAUUGCUCUGAGGAAGGCCAUUUUGCUAAAUACCUCCAGGAGACUCUCAGCAAAUAGCCACUGGGCCUUGUGCAGGAAGACAUCGCGCUACCACGUCAGUAAUAAGGAACACGAGUAUGCCUGACGACCAUGUACAUAACUUAUACAUAGUAUUGCAAUAAUAUAUUUUACCUGUGGUUGCUGGGCAUGUUUACUGCCAUUGGCCUGGAGGAGACAUACCUGGAGAUUCGGAAUAUUCUACUCUAUCCAGAGGUGGUUAGGAGAGUGGUCUUUGGGAGGUCAUAUGAUGGUGGUGAAUGCCAGGAUGGACUCUCCAUUGGGCCAUGUCUGAGGACUUGUUUCCCCGGAGCCCUCUCUCCUCAAGCAUGACUCUCCCUGGAGGCCAUUGUGUUUUUUUCUCUCGUGGUGAUAUAUUGUCUCAGCACGUCCUUUGAGCUGUCUGGGAAGGGCCGUACUGUUGGUUCCUUCUCUAGCUUUGGUGUGGGGCAUCUCUUGAGCCUUGUGUAAAGUCUCUGCAGAGGUUUGCCUUGGGGCCCUGUCACUGAGACCUGCUGCAGAGCUGCUUGGCCGACAUGGGGAUCCUGGACACUGUAGUGCCUCAUAGUUUACAAGCACGUCCUUCAUCUCAAGUGGCCCCUUUAAAAACCCACCUGCAGCUUUGUGAACUGAGCCAGCGGCCUUGCUUCUGAUGGGAAGAAGUGAGGAUGUCCACCCUGGCUGUGGGAAGCGUGGGAGCCCUUGCACUUCUGAAACCAACUCUGGGAGGUGUGUUGGAGAGCUAAGGCUGUCAAGAGAAAAUGGCUUACCUGAACAGUCACGCAAGCAUGCCCCAUGGGCCUCUGUUCUCUUUGAGAGAACAGGUCAAUAGCUCUGUUUUAAGGAUUGGUAUGUGCCCCUGUGGGCCGAGCACUAGUUUGGAUAGCCAGGCACAUCCCAUCCGAAAGCCUGGAUAAUGGAACAGCUUCUAUGGAAAGGUCUAAGUUUGUCUGCGAAGCACUUUGAUGUUUUACCUGGAGGCUCUGCUCUCCGGCCCCUGUCUUCUUGCUCUACCUGCCCCGAGGCCCAGAGCAGCUGAGGCUGACUCCAGCCAAGCUCUUGCUCUUCAAAGCUGCAGAGAAAUUGAAUGGGAUGGAGAGUAGGUGCCGUAACCAAGAGGAUCCCAAAGGCUAGCAGGGGGCACCUUUCUGAGAGCCCACUGGACUCCUUAUCCUUUUUUGUGUUGCCAAAGGUUUGCAUCCUGAGCUCUGCUCUAUUCCAGCCCUGCACUCCAAAUGCCGCUCCUUGAAACUAGCAGUCUAGGGACACUCCAGGGUACUAGUGGGCCUCUGGUCUAAGACGGACAAACUCUGCUGGAAAGGUAUGCUCUAUGCGCUUCCUGUGCUAUAGCACUUGGGGCUAGCUGCAAACAUGAUUGGCAGACCUUAGAGGUGGGCUCAGGAUUCCAGAGUAAGGAGACAGAUCUGUAGCAACCUGACAGGCUACCAGCUCUGGAAAAUUGCUGGUCUGCUCUGGGGCAGAAGACAAGCCAGAGCCAGCCUUCCCUUUGUCCUGAGUCCCUACAAUCCAUGAGAUAGCCAUUGCCAGAACAAGGGAUAGGAAGCCACAAAGCAGCGGGGACAGUGUCAGGUCCAGGACGUCUGCUGGUGGACUUCCAUGUCGCUGUGCUGUCUGAGCUCUGCUGUGCCUCAUUUCCUGAACAAAAACACUCCAGACAGAUAGAAAAUGCUUGCCUUGCCCUGAACUAAUCUCACCCAAACAAAGAAUUUUUUUUUUUUUUUGGUAAUCUAUAAAAGAUGAGGGACACAUGAAGCAGACAUUUCGUUCUAUGUCCCCAAUUGUCGAAACUUCCUCAGUGUUUAGAAAUUGAACCCAAUAGAAAAAUACUGAGUGAACUAUCAUCUUGAGGUUGGUCCCUAAAAGACUAAGGCACAUCCCAACGUAGAAACCUGGGAAGUUUGAAAUGAAUUAAAACAUUUUUUCCCUUCAUAUUUUAAUAGUCAUAAAAAUGCAACAGGAAAUAAGGGUUUGUGCCAAAUUCUAAGAAUGGCCCUUUCUGAAGGACAAGCAGGGGAGACUCGUGUGUACAAUCUGUUCCCACAUAAAAAAGAGUAAAUGUAACUUAAUAGUUUUGUAAAUGGGAGAGGGGGAAUCUAUAAACUAUAAAUAUGUUAUUUUAUUUUUUGUACAUUUUUAAGAAGAAAAAAUAAAUAUUCACAACAUGAGUCAAA